AGCUGCUGCUGCUGCUGCUACUGAACGUCAAUAAAAAUUGUCAUAAACCCGGUCGUUCCGCCGGUGAAGGGGGCGCUCAAAUGCAACCCCCCUCCCCCCGCUGGGAAUCACCGGAACCGGAAGUGGAAUCCUAGUAGAACCGUCCUGCUCACGUGGUGCGUGUGUGUGUGUGUGUGUGCGUUUGUGUUUGGGGCCGUCCGUUUUAUAGCUUCACAGCUUCAACUGUUUUAACCUUCGGAAACAUUGGUAAAUCGGUGCACCAUGGACCAUGGGCCGAGGAUGGGUUGUGGGCUGGUAAACGAGACGAGCGGUAGGCGGAACGAUUUUCCGAUCCGUGCUCGGAGUGAUUGAUGAGUUUUCACUCAACUCUCUGGCGCAACUCUACCCCUCCUCCCCCAUGCCAUAAGGCGUCAAAUUGUGCGGAAAGUCUUCGCGGCAGUUCGGCCACCCCCUCCUCCAGUGGUGUGGAGUAGCUCCCCGUUUUCCGUGGCAUGCUGCGUGGCCAGUGAGCGAGUUACGAGCGUACGCACGGUCAUGGAUUAUUCACGCUUCGCGCCAUUAUGUCUCCGAGUGUUAUACGACUUAUGAAAAAUAAAAAGCGAAAAUAGCUUCCCCAGUUUGUGGCAUUUUACAGCAGAGUGGUGCUGGUGCUGGUGCUGGUGACUGCUUCUGUGUGUAUCUCUUCGGUGUGUGCGGAAGGAGUGUGGAAGAGAUAGCAGUUACGGAGGGAAAACUUCCUGGAAAUUGCUCACGCCGAGUGAAAGUGCUUGCGAAUCGUGUCUGACCGUGCGUGUGUGUGUGUGAAACGGGAAUGUGCAUGGUAGAGGAGAGAGGAAAGGUGUUAAACGUGGUGCUUGUGAAUGAGGUGCACUCGUGUGUGUGUGUGUGUGUGCGCAUCAUAAAUUAAAGUUAACUUCCUCCCCAUCCCUCCGGAGGUUGGUUGGCUUUCGACAUCCUCUGACACUCCGGAUCCCGUGUAGGGGGAUCGUUUGAGAUAUUGGCGCAGAGUCCCCAUCGUCAACCCGGAAGCCGGAACCACCCAUCAUCACUCCCGGGAAUAUAUACAUAUAAAAAAAGUGAAACACCACGAGUCGAGACGAGAAAGGUGGUGGAAGGAUGCUGCUGAGCAUAAACGAGGGUGCCCCAAUGUCGGAACGAAUUUGUGGCUGAAAUAUUGCUUCCGAAGCAGGUGGUGGUGUAACGACAGGAACGCGGCAACUGGAACGGAGAAGGGGAAGGGGGACCCCCCGUUGAUGAGCGGUUAUUCCGCAAAGUGGUUCGUGGUUUUAUGCGUCCUCCUUCCGCGGCGGAACCGGGAAAAAGGGUUGUGGAAUUAACUGCAGCGGAUCGUAGUGUUGUGUGUGGUUCUCGAAAUGUGCGAAACGGUCCGGUAACUGUUGUAGUAAAAGGAUAACACGAUGGAUACCAGAGCGUUGCACCUGAUCGUUGGGUUUAUCGUGGCCCUGCGUGUGACGGUGGCUGGAGAUGACUUAGGACUGCUCUCCAGUACGUUACGUGCUUUCCGUACUUUUUGCUGCGACGAUGAACUGCUUACACUCUCCUGUCCGAUCGGUACCAGCAUCUCAGUGGAGUUGGUGCAGUAUGGUGGUAGCAAAGCAGAAGCCAACGAUACCAUCCAGUGUCCGUACAGUAGCGAGCAGGACUACGGGCGCUACUAUGCAGCCGCAUCGACAGCAGCAUCACCAGCCGUUCCCUUGGUAACGCUGGACUUCACUACACCGACCGUUGCAUCGUCUGGGACGAACGUGUCAACGACGUCCGUCCUAGCGACGGCCAACACAACGGCGACGACGACGACGUCCACCAGCACCACCAUCAUAGCAGGUGGUGCUGAUCUGAUCCCAACCAUGAACGACACUCAAACCCUAGCAACCACCACGGCAACAAGCACGGUCGACAAGUGCACUCCGCUCUACGUUCUGCAGUACUCGAUCCUGCAGACGGUGGUUGAGGCUUGCCAGAAGAAGCGCCGCUGCCGGAUACAGGCAGCACCGAAAAACUUUGCCACUGCACCGUGCCCCGGCAUCCAUCGGUUGGUGGAGGUCAAUCACAAAUGUCGGCCAUUCGAGUUUCGCAGUCUGACCUCGUGCGAGAAGGACAUUGUGCGGUUGUCGUGCGGUCAGUACACCCGGAUAGCGAUCUACAGUGCCGCGUACGGUCGGACGGCCUACGAGAGCACUCAUUGCACACAGUCGGCUGCCGCUCAAGAGCAGACCUGCCUUUCGGAGCACACGAGCCACACACUGACGGAGAUCUGCCAGGGACGGCGCAAGUGUACGGUGGCGGUGGAAAGCUCAACAUUCGGCAAUCCAUGCCCCGAGAGUACCCGGGUGUACCUGAAGGUGAUCUACGCUUGCGUCUCUAGGAACGUGUUCCGGGAACGCUACAUCACGGCACCGGAGGACGACGAGCUGGACGAGCGACCGUACGAGUCGAACGAGCUGUACGAUGAGGAGCUAACACCGGCCCCGAACCAGAUCGAGGGUUCCGCCAUCGGCAAGGGUCCUCCAGGUGGUCCGCACCAUCACCACAAGUACUCGGCCAGCGGUGACUCAUCAUCGGUCAAGGCGGAAAACAUUGUCACCUUCAACAAGGAUGCUGUUGGUGGUGUUGGUAGUGGUGAGUCCGGUGGCAGUUCGCAGCAGCGUUCCGCCGGUCUACUAGCCGAUGGUCAGCUACUCAUCGUCGGUGUCGCGGUUCUGUUCUUCUGCUGCGUGUGUCUGUCGUUCGGUGCGCUGCUGGCGUACAAGAUGAAGCUAUUUCCGGCGCGUGGUAACCGGUGCGUAAAGGCCUCGGACUCGACCGACAGCCACUCGACACCCUCCAGCUACCGGCCGACGAGCGAGGACUUUGAUCUGGUCGACUGUGGACCGGAUUCACUCGUCCGUACGUCCGAGAAGUUGCCCGAGCCACCGAUGGCAACGCAAACGUUCGUGCAAGCAGCUGUCGUCACCACGACAACGGCAUCAACGACAUCAGCGUCGACGAUGACGACGGCGGCGACCGGUCCGACGCCCAUCACCACCUCCAGCCUACUGCCAGCGUUCAAGUUCGCCGAAAUGGUGCCAACGCGUGGUGCACAUCUGUCGCAGAUUUCGACCACCAUGUUCAUUCUGCCGAACUAUCUGAUGACCGACACGCCGAUAGCCGGUACCCUGUCCCAUCGGCGCCCACCACGAUCAUUACCACGGGGUCCCCUGGACGAUUCGCUCGCCACCUGCGUCCGGGCACUACCACCGCCAGCUCCGACCAUCGGCGGAAGUUGUGGCGAAAGUGAGAACCGGCUCACCAUAACGCUCGCCUCGAGCGAUCUCGGUAGUGGCAAUCAGCACCAGCUUCCUCAACCUUCCCAGGCCGGCUACUACGCUGCGCAGCACCCGCAACACCCGCAACACCCGCAACACCAUCAUCACCCAUCGCCGUCCUGUACGCAGUGUGCGGUUCUGGGCUGGUCGCCGAUACCACCGAAGGGAACUGCUGGAACUGGCACCGUACUGUACGGUGGCCCGGUAGCCACCGGCGGAACGCAUCCGACGCUGAUGUCGACGCCGGGACAUUCCGCGCAGCAGCAGUAUCAUCGCAAUCAAUCAUUAAAAUCGUCCUCGAGCGAUGGCGAUGGGCAUCCGGCGACCAUCAUCACUGGGGCCGGGGACGUGCCGGGCAAGCCGGUGGAUGGUGGUCGAGCCCUUCCCGAGUCGCAUUCUUUUUUAUGGCUGGGCUUGAGGAUCGGGCUGAUGUAAAGCUGUAGGGUAAAGCUGUCAAGAUCGACCUGCUCGAUAAUUCAUCGCGCAGCCUUUUAAACUCAUUCGCUGUAUCUGUGGUGCGCCAUGGGUUGUUCGUGUGCGUGUGCUAGGCAAUCAUGGUGGCCUAUUUACAAUCCUGUUCCGGUGACAAGCUCACAGUGUCACGAGGCACGGAGCGCGCGCGCUCGCUCGCCGUGUGUGUCAUUCCCCCCCCCCCCACCUUUGACGUCCCUCAUGAUCCCGCAUCAUGGAAUGGCGGAAGUAUCGGGGAUUUUGUAUUUCGUUUCCUCGUUCCCCCGUAGCAGCUGUACAUAUAUCCUCUAUAGCAGGAGCCGGCAGGAGCAACAUGAUUGCCUACGCCACACCAUUUCACCGGCACCACCGGCGGGCAGGAGCCUGAGCCGAGCACCCCGGAACAGCCACUGCUUGACAGCUUUACCCGAGCACACUACCAUUCCGCCCCCCCCCUCCCCUCCCGCGCCCUAGGAGCGUGACAACUUUAUCGACAAUUUGUCGAAAUGAAACCAGCACGUGGACUGGUUUGGAGAAGAUAAGGUAAAUGAAAAAAAAACCCGGACCGAAGGUAGGAAAAAGUAUCAGCAAGAGAGAGAGAGCGCCGAAGAGAAGGAUGAAAAGUGAGCGAAAAAAUAGCAAAAUCCCGCCAUGGAUGUCACAUUUACGGAUGGUUAAGUCCGCAAUUGCGAAUCGCGCAAAUCACGGCCUCGGCGGCCUCACCACCAACCACCGUCCUUUAAAGGAGCGGAACACAGCGGGGAAGGAACUGGAGAGCAAGUGAAAAAAGGAAAAUAAAAAAAGAGGGAAAAUUCGAAAGCGGUUCAACCAUCUUCACGUGGAGGCGUUCUCUAGUGUAGGACGUGUGAAGGAGCGCGCGUGUGCGGUACUUACGCGGUAGGAACAGGCCAUACGACGCGGUCGCUAAAGGGAAGCUCUAUCAUAUAGGGCAGCGCGCGCAGACAGGGGACAGGUCUCUAUCUAUCUAUCUAUCGGCCGAAAUCAGCCCGGAACCCGUGAAACCGAAUUUGAUUGCUGGGCCCUAGAGAGGGACCUACAGACCCCCGCCCCCCGAAUCAAGGUUUGUGUGGCCCCCCCUCUUCGGCGGGUCCCAUCCAUGGCCAGCAGCGGCAGCAGCAGCAGCAUGUUUUAGAACAAUUUUGUACA